AUGCCAACAACACAGCAGUCGCAAGACGACGUGCGAGCCGAGCUCGAACGCGAAGAGGCGCUCGACCUCGCCGACCCCUUGCGCCACUUUCUCGCCAUCGACGACGACGAGCCCAGCGCCUCCUCAUCCACCCUCCCCUCCACAGACAUCCGCGACCUGCCGAGCGAGACCAACUACUCGCUCGUACCACAGCAGCUCGAGAGCAUCAUCGAUAGACGGACGACCAUUCGCUACUACUCGGACCUCUCGCGGCGACCGGUGUUGCUCGAUUCGCCCACCACCGAGGAGGGUGGGCAUUGGGAUGUGGCCUUGAAGCUCGACAUGACGACCGGAUGCGGGGGGAAGAUUUGGCCUGCUGCUGAGGUGCUGGGUGCUUACAUUGCGGCCAAGUACUCGAGUCCCUCAAGAGAGGGUAGCUUUGAUUGGAGGCACAAACGCAUCAUCGAGCUAGGCUCGGGUACGGGUCUGGUCGGCUACCUCGUCCAUGCGCUCCACCUCGAAGGGUGUCAAAUUUGGGUCACGGAUCAGGACGUCAUGCUACACCUGAUGCGCGAGAAUCUCGCUCUCAACUUUCAACUCUCACCCACAGACACCCCCUCCUCCACAACGACAAACGACGGGUUUGUCAAGGUGGCCGAGCUCGACUGGGGCACCGAGCUGACGUUCGACAAGCCAGACGUGCUGCUGCUAGCCGACUGCGUAUACCUCGAAUCGGCUUUUCAGCCACUCAUCGAUACCAUGACCCAGCUAUCGACGUCCGAUACGGAGAUCCUGUUCUGCUACCAGAAGAGGCGCAAGGCGGACAAACGCUUCUUUGCGUUGCUCAAGAGGCAGUUUACGUUUGAGGAUGUCAAGGAUGACGAUUCGGUCCGGACCGAGGAGUACAGGCGGCAGGGAACGCAGCUGCUGAGGAUAAGAAAGAAGUGA